AUGCCCUCCUCCAGAUCCGAUACUCGGAAAACGCCACAACUAGGCAGCGAUGACCUAGUUCCCUUUGAUCAUGUCGCCGCAGGACACGACGGGGUCCGAUGUACCCUGUCCGGCUCACUGAUCGCCAAACCUUGUACGCGACAGGAAGUCGAAUUCUACGAAUCGAGCGCUCUCCACCCGGGUUUCCAGGAGUUUAUGCCCUUGUUCAUCGGUUCUCUCUCAUCUGCCGAGCAACAGCAACCGCUGGCGAUUGCUGCCGCUCAACAGUCCGGGGCGGUUUUUCUGCCUGCACUCGGAGACGCGACUACGACGACCCCCGCCCAGGAGGCACCAACUUCACAAACAAGCAAUGUGCCCUGCGAAGAAGAGCCUGCCAAACCGGCGGAAUCUGCAUGGGUGCCAUCCGGUGGGAAGAAGCUAGACACGGGACUGUCUAUUGUGCUUGAAAAUGUCGCUUCUGGGUUUCGGCGACCAAACGUCUUGGACGUCAAGCUCGGCGCGCGACUCUGGGCGGAUGAUGCGCCACCCGCGAAGCGCAACAAACUGGAUGCUGUGGCUAAAGAGACGACCAGCUCAAGCUUGGGCUACCGCAUUGCUGGAAUGAAAGUAUGGACGGGCAGGAACGGCGAUGCGGAUGAAGGCUCCCUCACGGAUCCCUAUGCCACCAAACACGAAGGCAAAGAGGGUGCAAAGGGCGAGGUGAUUGAGAAGGACGGCUAUCGUCGUUACGACAAGUGGUACGGGCGAUCUUUCACAGACGAGAGCGUCAAACAGGGAUUCGAGACCUUUCUCGCCGGCGCCAAGGCGGGCAAGGUUGACCGUUCGAGGAUGAUUGCCCAGCGGCUUGUGGAGGAAUUACGAAAUGUACAACAAGUACUCGAGUCCGAGGAGAGUCGGAUGUAUUCCUCGAGUGUGUUGAUUGUCUAUGAAGGUGAUCCGGAGGCAAUGGAACAUGCUCUAGAGGAGGAAAAGAAGAUCCCCGAUCCGAGGGAUCAAGACGGUGACGAAGAAGACGAUGAGGACGACGAAGUGGAAUUUGAGAUCGCCGAGGAAUCUCUUGAGCUCGUUGAUGUUCAAUUAGGGGACGGGCUUCCCCAAAAAGCCAUCAAUAUCAGCAUCGACCCGUCAACGGCACAAUUCCCGGCCCUUGGGGACGAGGACGAGGACGAGGAAGAUGCCCCCAAGGUCCAUGACCUCCGUCUGAUUGACUUUGCCCAUGCUACAUGGACGCCAGGCGCGGGCCCAGAUGAGAAUGUUCUCAUGGGUAUCCGAAGUCUGAUCAAAAUCUUCCAGGAACUGGCUGCAUGA